CAAAUUUAGGGUUAUGUCAUCCAUUUUAAUGUGGCAGGAUCUUAUGUAAGAGGUCUACAACCCUGAUUUCUAGCCCUUCCGUGUUCGUCAAGCUCACAUCCAUGGCGGCUUCAACAGCUUCGGCAGCCCUUUCAGGAAACCCUAACCUCACGUCUUCGCACAAGCCCCACGCUUCUCUCUCUCCUCACUCAUGUCUCCGAUUCUCCACCGCAAUCUCUCGUAAAUUCCCCUUCAAAUCUCUCACGACUAUCCCCUUCACUACCGCCACUACCGCCGCCUCCACUCGUCGGUCCACCACUGUUACUGCCAGCUCCACCUCAUUUCACGGCCUCUGCUACGUCGUCCACGACAACAUUGAUACGGACCAAAUCAUCCCCGCUGAGUACCUCACCCUCGUCCCAUCUAACCCCGACGAGUACCAAAAGCUCGGCUCUUACGCCUUCAUCGGCCUUCCCUCGUCCUAUGAAACCCGCUUCAUUGAAGCCGGCGAGUUGAAAACCAAGUACACCAUCGUCAUCGCCGGCCAAAACUUCGGAUGCGGCUCCUCCCGCGAGCACGCGCCAGUGGCGUUGGGCGCCGCCGGCGCCAGAGCCGUAGUGGCUGAGUCGUACGCGCGGAUCUUCUUCCGGAACUCUGUGUCCACUGGCGAGGUUUAUCCUUUGGAAACGGAGGUUAGGAUUUGCGAGGAGUGCCGUACUGGAGACGUUGUCACCAUUGAGCUUGGAGAGAGCAAGUUGAUCAACCAUACCACAGGAAAGGAGUAUAAAUUGAAUCCAGUUGGGGAUGUCGGACCGGUAAUUGAGGCCGGUGGGAUUUUCGCGUAUGCGAGGAAGACCGGGAUGAUUCCCGCCCAAACCGCUUAGAAUUUGAGCUCCUCGUUUAUUGCAGGUGGGUGGAAAAAGGUUGCAACCUCUCUCGUAGAAGUUUGGCUUGAGAAUUUGUAACUAUACUAAAAAUAAAACAACUUUUUGUGCCCUGCUCUGCUCUGAAACAGUGUCUCCUUAUGCUGUUGCACCUGCACUAGCUUUCACUCUAAGAUGCAGUUAAUUAUUGUGAUCUAGUCUAUUUGAGUCAUUUCAGAAUUGAUGGAUUCUGUUGAUCUUUAUAAACUAUAAAAAAAAUGGGUUCUUAAA